UUGAAUGAAGUGUGAUCAGCUGAGCUGAGACGAGCUUUCUCAGACACAGCAACACGUAUACAAAUGGGAGACCCAAGCGGAUUGCCAGAACCGACGAAACUCGCAGAAGACAGGGUCGUCUGCUGCAUAGGGGACAUCCAUGGUUAUCUCUCCAAGCUUCAGAGGCUCUGGUCCAAUCUCGAAAAACUUAUCGACCCACCUGCUUUUCAUACCGCUCUUAUAGUCUUCUUGGGCGAUUACUGCGACGGAGGCCCCAAUACUCGAAAAGUCCUCGACUUCUUGAUCUCUCUUCCUUCCAGAUAUCCUAACCAGACCCAUGUCUUCCUUUGCGGAAACCAUGACCUCGGCUUCGCAGGUUUUGUUGGUGUCCUCCCUCCACCGCCCGAUGGGUCGGCUUUCGCCGAGACAUGGAAGGAGUUCGAGCAAAAUGAGGUCAGGGAGGGCUGGUAUAAAGGAGAUGGGUAUGAGAAUAUGCAUCUUCAGGGGAGGCGUUGGGCUGGCUCCAUGAAGGAAAAGUUUAAUGCUGCCAAAGGGAGGGAAUUCAUGGGUUCGAUCUACGACGCUGGAUCUACGCUCGAAUCAUAUGGUGUUCCACAUGGUUCUGCAGAUUUGGUUAAAGCAGUCCCCAAUGAACACAAGAAAUUCCUCGCUGAUUUGGUCUGGAUCCAUGUGGAGGACGAUGUCUGGAUAGAUACUCCUGAAGGAAGAAAACAUUGUAAAAUGAUAGCAGUCCAUGCAGGUUUGGAGAAAAACAAAGGGGUUGAAGAACAACUCAAACUUUUGAAAUCCAAGGACACGCGGGUACCUAAAGUGGAGGCUCUUAGUGGGAGGAAAAGUGUUUUGGAAAUCCCGGAGGAGCUAACAAGAAAUCCAACUAUAGUAGUAAGCGGGCACCAUGGGAAACUUAACAUUGAUGGUCUUAGGCUGAUCAUUGAUGAAGGUAGCGGUUGUGAAAAGAAUCCAAUGGCUGCUAUUGUUCUCCCUUCUGGGAUGAUCAUCCGUGAUACUGAUGACACUGUAUGACAACUCACAGAUCUGAUUUUCAUGGAGCAUGUU